AUGGUGGCCAUUGACGACGGCUUCGAGGCCCUCUUGGAGCCCUUCUAUAAUGGGAAGAAGCUUACAGAUCCCAUCUCAACCCCAGAGGACAAAUACCAGCUGCUGCCGGCGUUCCUCAAGGUCAAAGGUCUGGUCAAGCAGCACAUCGACUCGUACAACUUCUUUAUCAAUCAAGAGCUCAAGGAGAUUGUCAAAGCCAAUCGCCUCAUCAAGAGCGACCAAGAGGAGAACUUUUGGCUCGAAUUUACCGACAUCCGCGUCGGCACCCCAUCCCGCAAUGACUUCAGCGACAUCAAGACGCGCAACGAUGUCACCCCCAUGGAGUGCCGCCUCCGCGACCUGACAUACGCCGCCCCCGUCGUCGUCGACAUCACCUAUUCCCGCGACCGCAAGAAGAUCAUACGCAAGGACAUCCAGUUGUGCCGCAUCCCCGUCAUGCUCAAGAGCGCAAAGUGCUACCUCAAUAGCGCCACCAAUGCCCAGAUGGAAAUCAUGAACGAGUGCCCGCUCGACCCUGGCGGCUACUUCAUUAUCGGCGGUACCGAAAAGGUCAUCCUCAUCCAGGAACAGCUCAGCAAGAAUCGCGUCAUCGUUGAGGCAGACGAGAAGACAGGCGGCGUCUCGGCUUCCGUCACUAGUUCUACCCAUGAGCGCAAGUCCAAGACAUAUGUCGUGCUCAAGAAGGAGCGUAUCAUGCUGCAGCACAACGUCCUUGUUGAAGCCAUCCCUAUCGUUAUUGUUCUCAAGGCUCUAGGCGGUAUGUCUGACUACGAGAUUCUGAAGCUGGUAGCGGGCGAGAACGCGCGAUACCAAGACGACUUCCUCAUCAACUUCGAGGAGGCGGCAAAAGCUGGUGUCCACACUCAGCAGCAAGCCCUGGAAUUCAUCGGCGUCAGAGUCAAGAUGGGCGGUCCCAAGAACAAGCCGUUUUCCAUGUCGGCCCGGCGGAGCCCUGUCGAGGAAGGUCUGGACGCUCUCGCCAAUAUCAUCAUUGCCCAUGUCACCAUCCAAGGCCUUGACUUCUACCCCAAGGCCAUCUACAUCGCCAUGAUGGUGCGCCGUGUAUUGAUGGCUGCGCAGAAUCCAAAGCUUGUCGAUGAUCGUGACUUUGUCGGAAAUAAGCGGCUAGAACUGGCUGGGCAGCUUCUGUCGCUUCUGUUUGAGGACUUGUUCAAGAUGUUUGUCAACAGUCUGAAAGGCAACAUGGAGCAUUUCUUCAAGAAGCCCAAUAGAACUUCCACCUACGAUCCUGUCGGCCCCAUCAGCAGUCAGGGAAAUUACAUCACUAUGGGCCUGAACCGGGCUAUCCAGAGCGGCAACUGGACCGUGAAGCGUUUCAAUAUGAACCGCGCUGGUGUUACCCAUGUUCUGAGCCGGCUCAGCUACAUCGCCGCUCUGGGUAUGAUGACUCGUAUCAGCAGUCAGUUCGAAAAGACGCGGAAAGUCAGUGGGCCUAGAGCCCUACAGCCCUCACAAUGGGGCAUGCUGUGUACCUCUGAUACGCCCGAAGGAGAGGCCUGUGGUCUGGUGAAGAACUUGGCUUUGAUGACCCACAUCACCACAAACGUUGAGGAGGAGCCAGUCAAGAACUGGAUAUUCAGUGUCGACGCUGGCGUCGAGCCAGUCCGAAAGUUCACCGGAGCGGAAAUACACAGCCCCGGCUCCUACAUUAUACACCUUAAUGGCACGCCGUAUGCCUUGACUCGGUACCCGAAACGGUUUGCCCGCAAGUUCAGGACCAUGCGUAGGCGUGGCUACAUAUCCCCCUUUGUCAGCAUCAACCUCAACGAACACUUCGCUGCAGUGCAUAUUGCGACAGAUGAGGGGCGCAUCUGCCGGCCAUACAUUAUUGUCAAGAACGGCAAGUCCAAGUUGAAGGCGGAACACUUGAAACUCCUGCAACUUGGAAAGGCGGGGUUUGACGACUUCCUAACUCACGGCGUUGUCGAGUACCUCGACGUCAAUGAGGAACAAGACACCCUCAUAGCGCUAUACGAGAAGGACAUUACCCUGAGCACGACCCAUCUAGAGAUUGAGCCGUUUACCAUCCUCGGCGCGGUUGCGGGGCUCAUUCCGUUCCCCCACCACAACCAAUCGCCCCGUAAUACCUACCAAUGUGCUAUGGGUAAGCAAGCUGUCGGAGCCAUCGCGUACAACCAGUUCAAUAGAAUCGACACCCUUCUCUACACUCUUGUAUACCCUCAGCGGCCCAUGGUCAUCACCAAGACGAUCCAACUUGUCCAUUACGACAAACUUCCAGCAGGACAAAACGCAACCGUUGCCGUCAUGUCCUACUCGGGCUAUGAUAUUGAAGACGCCCUCGUCUUGAACAAGGCAUCUUGCGAUAGAGGGUUCGGACGCUGCCAAGUUUUCCGCAAGUAUACGGCUGAGCUCCAGAAAUACCCCAAUGGACGUCGAGAUAGGAUGGGCGGCAGGGAUAACUCGGAUGAUGGUCAAAUCAUAUCCAAACAUGCCGCUCUAGACGAUGAUGGUCUCGCCAUUGUAGGCUAUCGGGUCCAGUCUGGUGAAACCAUGAUUAAAAAGGAGACACCUUUGGAUCAAGCGUCUACUGGUAUCGGCACCGACCGUGGGCCUGAUGAAUUCCGCGACGCCUCAGUUAACUACCGCAUCUCGGAUCCGGCCUACAUUGACAAGGUCCUCAUUACCAACAAUGAAAAGGACUCGGCCAUAGUGAAGGUCCAGACAAGGCAAACGCGUCGACCGGAGCUGGGUGACAAAUUCUCGUCUCGUCACGGGCAGAAAGGCGUGGUUGGUAUUAUUGUCGAUCAAGAAGACUUGCCUUUCUCGGACAUGGGUGUUGUCCCUGAUAUUAUAAUGAAUCCCCAUGGUUUUCCCUCCCGAAUGACGGUCGGCAAGCUAUUUGAGUGCCUCACUGGCAAGGCGUCCAUCAUCCAUGGUCGCCCGGAAUACGGCUUUGGCGAUGCCUUCAGGUCCCACCCGGCCGAGUCCAUGGGCCAGGUUCUUAUCGACCACGGGUUUUCGUGGCAGGGCAAGGACUACUUCACCUCUGGUAUCACGGGAGAGCCUCACUUGGCUUACAUCUACAACGGCCCCAUCUACUACCAGCGGCUCAAGCACAUGGUGCAGGACAAGAUGCACUCGCGAUCCCGCGGCCCACGCGCCAUCCUGACGCGCCAGCCGACAGAAGGUCGUUCGCGAGACGGUGGUCUCCGUCUCGGUGAAAUGGAGCGCGAUUGUCUCAUUGCCUAUGGCGCCUCGCAGCUCCUGCUGGAGCGCCUGAUGAUAAGCUCUGACGGCACCGAGGUCGACAUCUGCCAGCAAUGCGGCCUGUUCGGGUACAAGGGGUACUGCCAGACAUGCAAGAGCACCAGCCAGGUGACGCAGAUGACGAUGCCCUACGCCGCCAAGCUUCUCGUGCAGGAGCUUAUCAGCAUGAACGUGGGCGUCAGGCUGCAGCUGGAGGACGAGUUCCCGCAUCCUAAGUGA